ACUCCAGAGAAACAGCCGAUGGAGACCAAAGAGCACAAGGUAGAGGAAGCGCCACCGCCGGAGGCCCAAACCUUCGUUUCACAACCUCUGCCGCGACCAAUUUCCGAAAUAGCUCAAAUGGUUUGUGGAUCUUGCCGCCGGCUGCUUACAUACCCACCAGGAGCCAAGCACGUCCAAUGCUCGUGCUGUCAGACCAUCAACUUUGUGCUAUGUGCCCAUCAGGUUGGCCAGGUCAAAUGUGAUAGUUGUACAUUGCUGCUGAUGUACCCAUAUGGAGCUCCAUCUGUUAGGUGUUCCUCUUGCAAUUUUGUGACAGAAGUUAGGGAUCACAACAUGCGCCCUCCAUGGUCUGUUCAACAAGGACAACCUACUCCACCAUCCAAUUAUGUUCACUAAGAAGCCAACUUAUAUGAGGCACAUGUGUGCAAAUUGUAUAUAGGGAAACUUGAUCAAGCAAUCUACUAC